CUGACGGCCCCCUUGCCCCGCCGGGCUCCCCUGAGCGCCUCGGCCUCCUUGCGCCGCGCCGCGGGAGCCGGUCCCAGACAAACGCGGCGAGGUCCCGGGACCGGCAGCGGUUCGCUGGCGAGUGCAGAGGCGGCAGCCCGGUGAGCGGCAGGAAUGGGCGCGGGGGCGCCGCCCCCAGGAGAUGCGGAGAACUCGGGUCUCUGUCUUUCUUUCAGGAUUGGGAACCCUUGCCACACUCACCUGCUCAACUGAGAACGCAUUACCAUGCCUGCUAAAGGGAAGAAGAAAGGCCGGGGCAAGUCGCGUGGGAAGAAGCAGAAGAAGCCGGAAGUGGACAUCCUCAGCCCCGCCGCCAUGCUGAACCUCUACUACAUCGCGCACAACGUGGCCGACUGUCUGCAGCUGCGCGGCUUCCGCUGGCCAGGCGCUGCCAAGACAAAGAAGGGGAAAGGCAAGACUUAAGCGAGAGCAUUUCCCAGCCCCUCUAUCCUGCAGAGAACAGAACCCAGGGAAGAAAAAGCAGGAUUGUGCCACCGUUGCAAGCAAAAUAGACUUUACUGAAGACAAUCUUGAGAUGCAAACUGAGUGUGCUUUUUCUGUGGUAGAUAAUGAUAAACGCAUUUUACUUCCUCAGCUAAACCCAGAUACGAGUGAGUGAGCCAGUUUGGUUUUUCAGAAGUUAAGGGGUUGGGGGGGAGAAAGUGCGGUAAUUCCCACACAAUGUGGUGGAAUUGAUAGAACUUUUAAAAGUUAUUAUAAAUCUGGGUUAGAAUUGAACCUCGCUGUCCAAGGGCAGUUCUAGCUUUCACGAGUUUUCUUUUGCCCAAAGGGGUUUUGUUUUUUAAAGUAGACAUGACAAAAAGCAUUGCAUUUGCUCAUGGGUCCCUCUUUCGACCACAGUUUCCUUUCCUCAUCUUUUUCUAGAAAAAUAAUAAAUAUUUUUUUGUUACUACCA